UAUAGCAGCUGCUGUUUCCGCCGGACUGCAUUAAGAGACGGACCAAACACAGGCUCCCGUCUCUGAGCAGUUAAAAGUUUACUGACUUAAAAUGAAGUUUCGGGGGAAAAUAAUCGACGUGGCCUGUUUGAACCACUUCACCAGAGUGGUGACCACCAUCUCCAAGCUGACCAAGACCUGCGUCCUGCGGCUGACUCCAGACAACCUGUUCUUCAUCCUGUCAGGAAAAGUGACCAACGGAGGUGUCAGCAUGUGGUGUGAACUGCUGCAGAACAACUUCUUCGAUGAGUACCAGAUGGAGGGCGUGUCCUCAGAGUUCAACCAGAUCUGCCUGGAGGUGUCUCCAGAGAACCUGUCCCGGGCCCUAAGGACGGUCCAGUGCGCCAAGUCUGUGAAGAUAAAGCUGACCAAGAAGCACUGCGCCUGUCUGACCGUGGCUGCUGAGCUGCCCACCCUGUCCAGCGCCAGCAGAGUCGUCACUCACGACGUUCCUGUUGAGGUGAUUCCUAGAAGACUCUGGCAGGAGUUCAAAGAACCCGUCAUGCCGGACUUUGAUGUGAGCAUCUACCUUCCUCCCCUGAAGAUGUUGAAGAACGUGGUGGACAGGAUGAAGAACCUCUCUAACUUCCUGGUAAUCGAGGCCAACCUGAACGGAGAGAUGAACCUGAAGAUCCAGACAGACCUGGUUUCUGUCUCCACUCACUUCAAAGACCUGGGGAACCCUCCGUGGGGUGAAGACGCCUCCCAGGACGGAGGUCCGUCUCAGAGAGGAGACCCAGAGCUCCUGGCCGAGGCCACAGUGGACAUCAGGAAGCUGCAGCAGUUCCUCGUGGGACAGCAGGUCAACCCCACCAAGGCCAUGUGCAAUAUCGUCCAUCAGAACGUGGUCCACCUCAUCCUGCUGCAUGAAGACGUUUCUCUGCAGUACUUCAUCCCUGCUGUGGCCUAGAACCUCUGCAGAGGAUCAGUGGGUUCUGGUGCUGCUCAGUGGGUUCUACCUGACACCAAGAAGGACAUCAGAGACUCCAGGAGACUUAAACCUGCUGGACUGGGCAUUAAUUAUCACAUGUUAAAUAUUUUUACACAGAUGUAUAUUUCAGUGUCUUUAAGGUUCGUUUUAUGAUUAAAAUCUUUAUUUUUUCAA